AUGGUGAUGGAGAAGCCAAGUCCCCUGCUUGUCGGGCGGGAGUUUGUGAGGCAAUAUUAUACCCUUCUUAACCAGGCACCAGACUUUUUGCAUAGGUUCUAUGGCAAAAGUUCUUCCUAUGUUCACGGUGGCUUGGACAGCAAUGGGAAACCAGCAGAUGCUGUCUAUGGGCAAGCUGACAUCCAUAAAAAAGUAAUGUCCUUGAAUUUCAAGGACUGUCGGACGAAGAUCCGACAUGUUGAUGCUCAUGCCACUCUUAAUGAUGGGGUCGUGGUACAAGUCAUGGGAGAGCUGUCCAACAACCGACAACCUAUGCGGCGCUUUAUGCAGACCUUUGUUUUGGCACCAGAGGGUUCUGUGGCAAACAAAUUUUAUGUCCACAAUGACAUAUUCCGUUACCAAGAUGAAGUUUUUGGUGACUCCGAUACAGAACCUCCAGAAGAAUCGGAUGAGGAAGUAGAUGAGCCUGAGGAAAGGCAGCAGACCCCAGAAGUAGUUGCCACAGAGGAUGGUGCAUACUAUGACCAGUCUGGCAGUAACAAUGACUUGGAUGAACCACUGGAAGAGCAGAUAGUAGAACCAGAACCUGAGCCUGAGCCUGAACCUGAGCAGGAUCCAGAGCCAGAGGUGGUGGAAGAAAAGUGUGAACCUGUCUCUGAGGAACCAGCUCCAGAAGAGGAAGAGGUGUUGGAAAAGAGCUCCUCUCCACUUCCUGCAGACCCUGCGCCAGCAGUACAGGAAGACUCCAGGACCUUUUCCUGGGCCUCUGUGACAAGCAAAAAUCUCCCACCUAGUGGCGCUGUCCCAGUGUCUGGAAUCCCUCCCCACGUUGUCAAAGUUCAACCGUCACAGCCCCGGCCUGAAGCCAAACCAGAAAAUCAAACACAGAGACCACCACAGAGAGAUCAAAGAGUCAGAGAACAGAGGACUAUGACAGUACCCUCCCGGGGAGGGCCCAGACCAGUACGGGAAGGUGAACAAGGAGAGCUGGAGACACGGCGCAUUAACAGAUACCCAGACAGCCAUCAACUGUUUGUGGGAAAUCUGCCACACGAUGUGGACAGGAGUGAGCUUAAGGAGUUCUUUCAGACUUAUGGCACCGUUGUUGAACUUCGUAUAAACAGUGGUGGAAAGCUUCCGAACUUUGGUUUUGUUGUAUUCGAUGAUGCAGAGCCUGUUCAGAAAAUCCUGAGCAGUCGGCCCAUCAUGUUCCGUGCAGAUGUGCGUUUAAACGUAGAAGAGAAGAAAACACGUGCUGCUCGAGAGGGUGACCGUCGAGGUGACAGGCCCCGUGGCCCUGGAGGACCACGUGGAGGUCUGGGAGGGGGUCUGAGAGGUCCGCCACGUGGUGCAAUGUCACAAAAGCCUGGUUUUGGGGCUGGAAGAGGCAUUCAAGGUCCACGCCAGUGA